UUUAAUUGUUUAUCAACUUUGCUCCAGCAUCGCCCUGAGGCAGCCCACUUGGACAACUCAUUGAGCAACAAACAGCGAUCUUCUUUGAACUACAAAAUGCUGAAAAACGCAGUUGCCUUGGUUACAGGAGGUGCAUCAGGGCUCGGCCGAGCGACUGUGGAACGGUUUGCCCGGGCUGGCUAUAAUGUGUUGCUGUGUGAUUUACCAACCUCAAAGGGUCACGAUGUAGCCAAGGAGCUCGGUGAGAAGGUUUUGUACGUGCCAGUCGAUGUGCUGUCGGAAAAAGAUGUAACCAGUGCGCUAGAGGUGGCUAAGAGCAAGUUUGGGAGGCUGGACGUGUCGGUUAAUUGCGCCGGUGUUGCCGUUGCUGUGAAGACAUACAACUUCAACAAGAAGUUGGCCCACAACCUGGAAGACUUUCAGCGCGUGCUACUCGUCAACACAUCCGGCACGUUCAACGUUAUUCGUCUAUCGGCCGGAUUGAUGGGUGAAAACGAACCCAAUACCGAUGGUCAACGUGGCGUAAUAGUGAACACUGCGUCAGUAGCCGCGUACGAUGGACAAAUAGGGCAGGCAGCAUACGCCGCAUCGAAGGCUGCCGUAGUCGGAAUGACCCUUCCAAUUGCUCGUGAUCUUAGCACGCACGGCAUUCGCGUCGUCACGGUUGCACCGGGACUGUUCAACACACCCAUGCUUCAGGCCCUGCCGGAAAAAGUACGCGCCUUCCUUGCCAAAACUGUACCGUUUCCGUCACGUCUUGGGGAGCCGUCGGAAUACGCGCAACUCGUACAAAACAUAGUCGACAAUCCGAUGCUUAACGGUGAGGUCAUUCGUCUAGAUGGUGCCCUUCGCAUGAUGCCUUAAGAGCUUUGCGUGAAACACUCCCAUUUCAAAACAACGGAUGCAUUUAUCUUGUACCUCGAGAAGUUUAGUGAUGAAGGAUGGAUCUCUUCAGAAUGGAGUUCGUCAAACGAUCUUCCGGAAUUCCAAAUGAGAUUUUAUAUUCAUGUUCCAUUGUUUAAAAUAAAGCAGACAGAAUCUAAUAUAUCUUUUGUUUUUAUUAUCGUUAAAUAAUCACUCCUUUCGCAUUAACUGUAAAAACGGCACACAAUCAUUAUUUUUUA